AUAAAAAGCGCGGGAGGGGAGAAUGCGCGGAAUACUCAUUGCAGACGUGCGAGGGGCAGCAUGGCCUUUAGUUAAUUUGCCGAUACUGACUGGCCAGAAUUCUGCUCCAGCUCUCCGUGUGUGCUGUUGUCCUGCCCAGAGAGGACGAGCUACGAGCGAGGACGUGCUGUAGAUUCCAAAAACGCGGCAAUUUCACCUGUUAUCAUGUGCCGGAGAUCCCUGUGCCAAAGAUAGUGCGGCAAUUCAAUGCAUGACGUGGUACGUGCUUUAGAUAUCUCUGCAUCGUCGGGUCGAUAUGCAGGAUUUGCCGAGGCGAAAUCUCCGAGUAUGUCACGCGCUUGAUAUCGCAGACGAUGCAAACAAGUACCUCGAGCAAGUUGCAUCAUCAUUUGAACCAGCCGCGAUCCCGACUAGAGAUUUCGGUGAAGAAAUUCCGAAUACUGAAAUCAUUACCGUGAGCCGGGAAGAGAUGCUGAAAGUAUAACUCGAGGGGGUUACGGUGGUAUAUCAUUGGAGCUACACCGGUGUAUCAGCGGAGUGUGGCAGCGAUAACAUGGCCAACGAUACGGGCAGCAGUGAGGAGUUAUCGGCCGGCGAGAUCGUCUCCGUCGUGGUGAUGAUUCUGGUGGACAUCGGAUCCGUAGUCGGCAACCUCUUGGUGAUAACCAUCAUCGCCAAGACGCCUCAGCUCCGGAACCUCACCCACGGCUUCGUGCUGAAUUUGUGCAUUCUGGAUUUGCUCUGUGCUUUCAUCGUUAUGCCGAUCUCCAUCGUGUCUACCAUCACCAUGGAAUGGAGACUAGGGGACGCUUACUGCAAAGCUAAUGGCUUCUUCAAUGCUUUCUUCGCCUUCUCCUCAAUCCUGACUUUGUCUUUUAUCAGUGUGGAGCGGUACUACUCCAUAGCCCGUCCCAUGGACCAUGCAGCCAACUUGACCCCAACUAAAGGUAUCGUCUUGGUGGUGUACAUCUGGCUGCAAAGCGGUCUUCUUGCCUUGCCGCCACUUGUUGGUCUGAACCAUUACGAGUACAACCACCAUCGUGGCCACUGCACGUUUGCUUGGGAGCACACACCAACCCACAUCGCGUAUGUUGUCCUCAUCGGCUGCGUUUGCUUCCUGCUACCAGCGGCCAUUUUGGUCGUAACUUACUGCAAUGUCUUUCGGGUGGCCCGCCAGGCGGCUCGGCAAGUCAAACCGACUUACACGUUCGGUACAUACGGCGCGACCGCUUCGCGAGGCAACGCCGGCACGGCCGGUGGUAGCUCAACGGUCUCCAGCAUGGUAUCAGGUACAUCCAUACAAAACGGUACCUCUGAUAGUCUACAGAUGGAUCAAGCACGCGGAUCGUCUGACCAACCAGAUGGCUACCAGAGAAAACCGCCUCAAGUCCAGAACUACGUCGGUAAGAAGAAGCACUUCUCUCCCAAAUCCUUCUUCAACAUCACCAGCAGUGAUCUGAAAGCUGCCAAGACGAUUCUCUUCAUUGUGUUGACUUUCUUGAUCUUGUGGACCCCGUACUUUGGCCUGCACGUCUACGGGGUGUUCGCAGGCUCUCAGAGUGGAGACACCUCUCUAUGGGAGCGCCUGACCACCUGGGUAGCCUACUCCUCCUCGGCAGUCAACCCGAUCCUGUACGGCGUCCUGAACCGGCAGAUCCGGCAAGAAAUGACGGACAUGUUCCAGGGCCUCUGGGACCGAUUCAGGUGCUACCGACGGCCCGAGGCGACCCUGGACGACGCCAUGGACCCGGGAGGGGCCGAAGAUUUCUUCCAGUUCUUGGAAAGGACUAGCAUGUUCACCAAGUCCACCUCCGUGACCUCUGGACUAAAUACCAAGACGGAGAAUGGCAAAGACGAUAUGGUGAGGAUACCAGGACAGAUUCCUGAAAUGUCAGAAGGUGAUCCAACUCAGUAAUCAAAUACAAUAUCGUCCUAGCUGACGUCACGAAACGAGAUGGUAGUAUGGGAUGCCUUUUCCCGUUGUUAUUAAAGUAAGAAGAGGGCACAAAACGCCCCGAACAUGAAAGUCUUAAUUGAUUGAGAAAAGUGUCUCUAUAAAGGCACCUGUAUCAGCAAAGGUUUAUCCAUUGGACUGGUUUACUCUUGUUUGGUUGUAGUCUGAAUUAGAACCCAGUACGUGAAUAGAGAAGUUAGCAGUAGUACUUCUCAAAAUGUAACCAAACCAGCCAGCAAAGAAUUCACCCCCAAAAAAGUUAGCCGAAAUUUGACUCAAAAGAACCAGCCCUGGUCCCUUCAGAUAAUAAUUACACCGGGAAAACCCUGUCUUUGAUCCGAAGAUUCAGUGUGUAAACAUUGGUAAGUUUCGAUUUCUUAGAUGAAAUUAUCUUGUCCGUCCGAGUGAAUGCACUUGUUCCUGCACCUGUAUAAAUAAUUGGCACAUUCGUUGAUAACUUGAUAUCAAGCAUGUAUAAUAUCCACCUGUAUCACUCGGUGUUUACCGCACAUUGCUGACAUUAAUGUUCACCCUUGAUAUAAUCUUGAACUUUGAAUGCUACAGCAAGUAACCGUCUCAUGAUGAUUAUACGUACGCCAUUUGCUGGCAAACCGCACUGCGUUUUGCCAUUUUUAGAAUGUUAUUCAAAUUUGCACAACUUUUCGGGGGAAAGGGCUCUAAAUUUCCCACACAGUGAGAAUUGAGUAUGGUUUUAAAAUAAUGAUUUAUGGACUCGGUGGGAAUUAGUAACAACGAAACUCAUUUACUUUGAUUAAUGGAUGCGAGUGCAAUGAAUUAAUCUUGUUCGAUGUAAUGUAUCAUCACAAUUUAAAGAUGUCUUUGAGAAAGGGCCUUAACGUUGUGGUAAAUUGUCUAUAGCUUAAAAGUUAUCUCGAAAUGUACUCAUCAGAAGCAAAAUGUAGAUUAUUGUAGAUAAAUAUUAUAUUUAUUGAAACAGACGAAAAACUGCCAAAUGCAAAUAAAU